GCCACACUCCCUGCCCCAUUCCCCAGGCGCGCGCACACACACACUUACACACGUACACACUUACACACACACACACACACACACACACACACACUCGUAAGCAUCCAGACUCAGGGCCGAGGAAGGAGCGGAGCUGAGGGGCCACCAUGGGGGAGGUGGUCAUCGUGAAGGAGGGCUGGCUCCAUAAGAGAGGAGAGUACAUUAAGACGUGGAGGCCCAGGUACUUCCUGCUGAAGAGCGACGGGACGUUUAUCGGCUACAAGGAGCGACCGCAGGACGUGGAUCAGCUGGAGACGCCGCUCAACAACUUCUCUGUGGCCCCAGAGUGUCAGCUGAUGAAGACGGAGAGGCCGAAGUCCAACACCUUCAUCAUCCGCUGCCUCCAGUGGACCAGCGUCAUCGAGCGGACGGAGAGGGAGGAGUGGACCAAGGCCAUCCAGGCGGUGGCAGACAGCCUCCAGAGGCAGGAGGAGGAGAGGAGAGACUCGUCCCCAGACCCCUUCGAUGUGGACGUCUGCCCCUCCAAACCCCGUCACAGAGUGACUAUGCACAACUUUGAAUACCUCAAGCUGCUGGGCAAGGGUACGUUUGGGAAGGUAAUUCUGGUGAAUGAGAAGGCCACCGGGAAAUACUACGCCAUGAAGAUCCUGAAGAAGGAAGUCAUCGUGGCCAAAGAUGAGGUCGCCCACACGCUGACGGAGAACCGGGUUCUGCAGAGCUCCAAGCAUCCAUUCCUCACGGGACUCAAGUACUCCUUCCAGACACACGAUCGAUUGUGUUUUGUCAUGGAGUAUGCCAACGGUGGAGAGCUCUUCUUCCACCUGUCCAGGGAGCGAGUGUUCACAGAGGAGCGAUCUCGCUUCUACGGGGCGGAGAUCUGAUGUCUGUCUUUCUUUCUCCUGUCCUUCCUCUCAUAUCCAAUAUCUGCUCUGACCAUCAUCUUAAUCAGUGUCUCCAGCUUCUGCACUUCCAUCAUGA